AUGGAGAAACUAUACAACUGCGAAAUUUUAGACAAAAAUAAUAUACUUUGUGAUAGUGGAGAAAACGAGAUAUACAAUUUAAAGCUAGCCGAAUCUGAUUCAAAAGGUUGCAUCGAUUCUACAAUUCACAAUAUUUUAAAUUACACGGAAUUGUACAAAAAUUUUAAAAAAAAGAAUAAUGUUAAAUCAUACAAUAAGUUACCUGUACAUGCAUAUAAAUUUCCCAAAAAUACAAAAAAUGCAAAUUUUGACGAAUUAAAAAGAGAGUUCAUAUAUAACCAACUAAAUAAAGAGGCCGAAAAGGAUAACGGUAAAAAUGAAAUGAAUAAUGAGAAUUUAAAUUAUUAUGAGGGUAAUCUUAAAAUUUUAAUUCCUAAAGAUGAAAAACGCCAAAGGGGUAUCAUUAAAAAAGAAAAAAAAAGUUUAAGAGAAAAGAUUUAUGAUGGAGAUGUAAUGUUUUACGAAGAUUACAUAGAGCAAUUAGCAGCAAAAGAUUAUGAAUAUUUUUUUAGAAAGCCUUAUGAAAUAAAAAGAAAAGAUGAAGGAGGGAAGUAUUACUUUUAUGGGAAAAAAAUGCCCAUGGAAUUAAAUGAAGAUAUAUACAGAAAAUUUUAUAAUUUAGAUGAUGAAUACUUUAUCAAAAAAUUAGACAUAAAAGAGAAGCUCCAUAAAAAUGUAAAAAAAGAUGUUGAAAAAGAAAAAAAGGAGGAAAAAGAAAAAAUAUUAGAAAAGGAGUAUCAAAAAUUAAGUUAUGAAGAUCGAAAUUUUAUACAAAAAAUCAAAGAAGAAAAUCAUAUGCAGAUGUACGCUACGUACAAAUUUUAUAAAAAAAAUAAAAAUAUAUUCGAAAAAAAUUUACCAGAAAUAAAAAAAAAAGAAUUAUUGUUUGGUCAUAUUCCUGAUAUUAUACUCCCUGCUAAUACUAGAAAAACGAAGCACCCAAAAAAUUGUACUGUUCCUGUAAGUAGUUUACAUACGUAUGCAAAAUUUAUUGAUGAUUUAUUUAAGUGCCCCUACAUAUAUACCGCCAUUGAUGAACAAUUAGGAAAGUACUGGAAAACUAAUGAAAAUGAAGUUAUACAAAACAUAAAAUCAGAACAUAUUAAAAAAGGCUAUAAAAAAGAUAUAUAUUCUGCAACAAAAGAGCAGUUACAGGUUACCAGUGAAAAACUGAAAAAUCUGCUUAAAAAUGAAGAGAGUGCAAAUAAUAAAAACAUGAAUUUCACUGUAAAAUUUAAAAUACAAAAAAAAGAAAAUAAAAAUAAAACUGUCUGCAAUGGUAGAUAUGUCAUAUAG